AUGUACACACAACAUGAGUGGUCCAAAUGUCAAACGGAGUUAUCGCCGUACAUAGUCAUCGGGGAAGGACUAGCCUUCACCCCAUCAUGCUCUAUGAGUGCAGGGCUUGUGCCCAUCACGAAAACAAAUCUAUCCACUCACAUCCACAAGACAAUACUCACUAUUAUUCUUGUCUAA